AUGGUGAUUAAAGAAAGAGAAAAAUAUUCAGCUGAAGAGAAAGAAGAAGCAUAUGCUGCUGUGUUGUGCAAAUCUUACAUGAUGCAAGCGCUGACUAAUGAAAUCUAUACCAGCAUUGAUAGUUAUAAAGAUUCUGGUCACAACAUGUGGAAGCAAAUAGAAAUGAUGAUGAGGGGUUCUAAGGUAGGAACUCAGUUGAAAAUCACAAACUGCAUAACUGCUUAUGAGGAAUUCAAGAUUAAAGAAGGUGAGAGCCUUGAUGAUGUGUAUGGCAGGCUAACCAGAAUGUUGAAUGAGCUUACAAAGAAUGGCAUUUCUAAAACUGUAAUUGAAGAAGAUGUUUUAGAGGUCAGAGAUUUAAAGAAGAAAAAGGAAAAGGAAGUUACUGAUCCUUUGCCCUUUGUUUCUGAAAAGAAGAAUAAAGUCAAGUGUGGUAAGCAAGCAAAAGAAGUCAGUCAGACAAGCGAGUCGUCAAAUGAAAACAGUGACAGUUUUGACUCAGACUCAGAGAUGAAUGAAAUUAAACAGAAAAAGUAUGAUGAGAAGAGAUACGAAAAGAAGUACGAGAAGAAACCUGAAGAGAAGAAGCUUAUUAAAGGAGUGGCAGACGAGAAUACCAAAUGCUACAAUUGUGGCAAGUUGGGACAUUUUGUGGUUAACUGCAGAAAGCCGGUUACAAGAAAUACYGACUAUUAUAAGAAUAAGUUUCUUCUGUCAAAACAAAGAGAUGCGGGAAAGGCAUUGAUGGCUGAAGAUGACCAUUGGUUAAAUCUAACUGAUAAGGAGGAGGAGUCAGAAGCUGUGGCACACAUUUGUCUGAUGGCAAGGACUGAAAAAGAUUCUUCUGAUGAGUGUGAAGAGGAGAAUGAUGAACUAAAUGAAGAG